CAACUGAGCGCAACUCUUAAAUUCGCGUUGGGUGCCGCACGUGCGUUUUUUUGACUUUUGAUUUCCACAAUGGAGCACGAAGAUAUUCCUGAACUCAUUAAUGAACAGGCCAGUAAUUCUGCGAAUAGCGAUGAUGACGACGAUUUCAGUGAUGUUGACGAGGAAAUGGAGACAGAAGCUGUGCAAUGUUUGUUCUGUAAACAGCAGUUAUCUUCAGUGGAAAUAGGUAUUGAACACUUGAGUAGUUUGCAUAGUAUUGACUUCCAUCGACUGAAAUUCAAAUUUCACAUGGACCAGUAUUCAUUUCUUAAAUUGAUAAAUUGCAUACGUUGGGAGAAUGUGACUGCAGAAAGAAUUUUAGCAGCAAAGGAACCAUUUUGGAACGACGAAAAAUAUUUAAAACCAAAAGAAUACGAAGCAUGGUUAAGCUAUGAUUACGAUGAAAUGCCACUUUUGGCUGAGGCAGACUCGGAAGCAGUUAACAUAAAUGAUACAAGUGCAACACAAUCUUUGAAUGUUUUAAAAGAAAAGGUCAGAGAGUUAGAACAGUUACUAGAGCAAGCAAGUGAAGAUAUGACAAAAAUGCGCAAAGGCUUUCAACGACUGUUGGAGAAGGAAAAAUUGUCAUCAAUUAGCAUUAAAAAUGGAAAAGUAAAGGCUCUCAAUUCCGUCGCAGCCCUUUCUGCUGAAGCUGACAGUGGAUAUUUUAGUAGUUAUGCACACUUCGCCAUACAUCACGAAAUGUUGUCGGAUGUCGUACGCACCACAAGUUACCGCGAUGCGUUGUUUUUGAACAAACCAUUCGUGAGCGGCAAAGAUGUACUUGAUGUGGGUUGUGGCACCUCAGUUCUUUCAAUUUUCGCAUCGCAGGCCGGCGCGAAAAAUGUAAUCGGUAUAGAUAACUCCGAUAUAAUUUACAAUGCCAUGGAUAUUUUGAAGCAAAAUGACAUCAACAAUGUCACACUGGUAAAAGGACGUUUGGAGGAUACUACGCUACCACAAGAAAAAUUCGACAUCAUAAUUUCAGAGUGGAUGGGCUAUUUCCUACUGUUCGAGGGCAUGUUGGACAGUAUAAUUUAUGCCCGGGAUACACAUUUACGAGAGGACGGAGUGUUACUUCCAAAUCGCUGCACAAUGAGCAUAGUUGGUUAUGGCAAUGAGACCCUCUACAAGCAGCAAGUGACAUUUUGGGAUAAUGUAUAUGACCUGAAUAUGUCAAAUAUGAAAAAAGAAGUAUUGCAUGAACCUCUUAUAGACGUGGUUGAUGCGCAGCACAUACUUACUGAGUCAAAUCUAAUAGCGGAUUUAAACCUGCGGAAAGUUGAUUUAAAUUAUUCCAAUUUCUCUUACCAACUUAAUCUUAAUUGUACAAAGAACGGAGAAUUAUCGGCAUUUGUGGGUUAUUUCGACACAUAUUUUGACCUUCCUGUACCAGUGAUGUUUAGCACUUCGCCUAAUAACAAGCCAACUCAUUGGAAGCAAGUGGUAUUCUUUUUGGAGCAUCCACAGAAAGUGAAAGCUGGAGAUAUUAUAAUAGGAAACCUCAUAUGCCGUCGCAGUAGAAAUAGUGCGCGAUCUCUUGAUAUCACUAUAGAGGCAUUCGGAAAAAAAUAUUCCUAUUACUUGGAUUAAUCUAUUAGAUUGGCCACUUUAAGAUAUGAAAAAUUGCUUUUGGUAAUUUAAAAUAGGCAGUGUCUACACACGCGCCUCAGUAACUUUUACCGUAGAUCUACAGU